AUGUGGCUCUCUACUUUUUUGCUGGGCUUAGACCUCAAGGGGCUAUUCCUGUUCCUUUUUAUUUUCAUCAUAAUAGCAGACUACCUGAAAAACCGGAAUCCACCUAAUUAUCCUCCAGGACCAUGGGCUUUGCCAGUAGUGGGGAAUAUCCUCAGUAUGGACAGUAAACAUCCAGAAAAAUAUUUCUCCAAGGUAAAGGUUUUUUGUUAUCUUACAUGUUAUGUUAAAUGAAUUGCUCAAAGUUAACUGUAAGAAAACUGCUUGGUUGCUUUAUGAAUGCUUGACCAGCUAGCAUUGACAUUGUUCCCCAGGAACAACAUGUGUUCCUCUAUGUUUAUUUUUCUUGACAUGUUAAAAAUGUUUACAUUUCAAGUGUUGUGUGUGGUCCAUAAGUUUUUAUUCAUUGGUGUAUUAUGUGCAGCUGGCUGACAUUUUGGGGAAUGUGUUCAGCAUCCGCUUUGGCAGUCACAAGAUGGUGGUAGUGUCGGGGUACAAGGCGGUGAAAGAAGCCAUCAUAACACAAGCUGAGAACUUUGUGGAUCGACCAGAUAGUCCAGUCGAGAAAAGAUUUUACUUGGAUACCUCAGGUUUACAAAUCUCCAUCAUGUCCUUUUUAUGAUGUAUAAACAAUGACUAAGCUGAGCAAUUUCAUUUUAUCUGCAUGCAUUUGUCUAGGUGGUCUGUUUGCGAGCAAUGGUGAAACAUGGAAGAGACAGCGGCGCUUUGCCUUGUCAACGUUACGUAGUUUUGGCUUUGGCAAGAACACCAUGGAGCAGAGUAUCUGUGAGGAGAUCAGACAUCUGCAGGAGGAGAUAGAGAAUGAAAAAGGUGGUCCACAUGUUCAACACGGUUGUACAUUAUCAGCAGCAUCAAUUAUGCAGCAGUACAGGAUGUUCUAACGCUGGUCUCUUUUCCUGCAGGCGAAGCUUUUAACACAGCAAGUGUUUUCAACAAAGCUGUGUCCAACAUCAUUUGCCAACUGGUUAUGGGGAAGAGGUUUGACUAUAGUGACCAAAACUUCCAACACAUGUUGAAAUGUCUGUCAGAGCUACUUAUGCUGGAGGGAUCUGUAUGGACUUGGGUGGGUCAAUAUUAUCACAGCAUUUUGGUGGUACAAAGACAGUCAGUACUUUUGACUCAAUUAGAGGCCCAUGUGUUAUCAGAAAAAGUGAGCUAUAAUGGUAGUGAGAGUUUUUCUCAUCUGUUUUCUUGCUUGUAGUUGUAUGAAUCAUUCCCUGCAGUGAUGAAGCAUUUGCCAGGUCCUCACAAUAAAAUGUUCAGCCACUUUGACACCAUUCGAGAAUUCAUCAGCCAGGAAGUACAGAGGCACAAAGUAGACCUUGACCGCAACAAUCCUCGGGACUACAUUGAUACUUUCAUCAUUGAAAUGGAAAAAGUAAGUGAGGAAAUGCACUCCACACUCACUGCACUGAAUUACACAUUAUAGCCCUACUCCUCAGUUGCACUCCUUGACUCUUUUGUCUUUUCUGCAUUUCUUAUCAGCACAAAGAGACCAAUGUGGGUUUCACUGAGAGCAAUUUAGCCGCAUGCUCUAUAGACCUGUUCCUGGCUGGAACGGAAACGACUGCCACCACUUUGCUGUGGGCUUUGGUUUUCCUCAUCAACAACCACGAUAUCCAGGGUAGGUGAGACUCAAGUACCUUCAGCUGUCUAACUGAAAGACAACAAGAAAACAAGACAACAAUCAUACUAGAGACUUUGAAAUGCUUAGCUAUAAUAUUUAAAAUUAUUAGAUUUUUGUAAGAAGCUCCUCCUCUUGCUCAGUGUUUUGAUUCUGUAAGUCUCGCUGCUUAGAUGAACACAUCAUUAGAAACAGAAUAAGUGUGUCCACAACCGUUAAAAGAAAAAAAAUGUAUGUACAUUGUAAUUUGUUGCUAGGAGGAGCAUGGAAAAAGAAAAAUUCCAGACAGUUUGAUGCAACUUCUUCCAUUCUAGCCGAUGAUGUCACUCACUCUGGCACAAAGAUUCCACACAAUACACAUUCAUUAUAAUCUCAAGGGUACUCCAAAAAAGUUCAUGGUCAUUGAACAGUGAGGGAUCAAAACCUACAAUACAUAUUGAAACAUGGAUUCAUGCACCAUUAGACAAGAUUUAUGUCUACAUUUUAAAGUUGGAAUAUAGUCUCUAGGUGCAAGUAUGUUGGAGUCAUAGAUAUUUGAAAAAAGCAAAAAUUGCUCUUGGUUUCUUUUUUGUCCUAUUGACUUUAAUGCAAAAGUUUUCCACAGUUAUUCAUAUACAUAUACAAUAAAGAAAAGUUAUAGCAGAUCAUGAUGACGUUUUGAAAUAUAAUUUGUCCUACAACUCUUCAAGGUGUAGGACUAGUGGUGAAUCCAAUUUUGUCCAGAAGAGGAAUAAAGAAAAUUCCAGUGUGACAACAGUGCCUUGAUGCAUUUGCCUUGUGGCCCUAAUUAGGCUACAGCUAACUUCAGUUCAAAUGUUAGCUUAUUAGUACCAUGAAUUGGUAAGACUGCAGAUAUUCAUGGUGAUUCAGCUCCAGGAAAAUAGUCUGGUAUCUUUCAGUUUAGAAAUGUCAUUUUGAUUUUUGCUUCCGAUCCCCUAAAGUUUAUUUCCCUCACUUUUAUUGUUUUUUAGCCAAGGUUCAGGCAGAGAUUGACACAGUGAUUGGACAGAACCGCCUGCCCACCAUGGCUGACAGAUCAAACCUGCCCUACACUGAUGCUGUCAUCCAUGAGAUCCAGAGAUAUGGAAAUAUUGUUCCUCUUAAUGGACCCAGAGUGGCUGCCAAGGACACAACACUGGGUGGUUACUUCAUCCCUAAGGUACGUCUUUUCAUUAGCUGGAGCAUCUGAAAUAUAGUAAUAAUAUUGUUUGAAGUAUCAGCAAUGUUAACCCCUCAAUCUUGUUUUUCAGGGUACAACUCUGAUGCCUGUUCUGACCUCUGUUCUGUUUGACAAGAAUGAAUGGGAGACUCCAGACAGCUUUAACCCUGGACACUUCCUCAACUCUGAGGGAAAGUUUGUGAAGAGAGACGCUUUCCUGCCUUUCUCUGCAGGUUAAUCACUUUUACCUAAAGUUCAAUCAAAGCCAGAAUACAAGUUUCUUUUUCAACCUUUUCACGAUUUUAAGUGUUUUAAGUAAUAUAAGUUAUCAUUUGUCAUUUCAGGAAAACGUGUAUGUCUUGGAGAAAGUCUUGCCAAGAUGGAGCUGUUUCUGUUUUUUGUUGGUUUACUCCAGAAGUUUUCUUUCUCUGUUCCUGAUGGUGUUGAGCUCAAUGAUGAAGGAGUUAGUGGAACAACACGUGUACCACAGCCAUUCAACGUGUAUGCUAAAGUGCGUUGAAUUGGACAACACUCCCUCGGGUCAUUCUUCAUUUAAGAAAUGUGUUUUCCCUUAUGUGCUGAGGGCAUUUUAACCUUUCAUUUAUACAUUUACAGGAGAAAUAUGGCUUAACCAAUAAAUAAUCUAGUUAUCAUCACACUCCGUUUUGUCUUUUAGUUUGAACCUGUGGCCAAUAUUACUCAAUGUAUUAGAAAGAACUGAGCUUAUUAGACCUUCAUAACCCAAAACUGCCUUGCACAAGAACAACCUCCCCAUUGUAAAAGAAACAGUAGUAGCUGAAUUGAACCGUACGAAAACUAUCAAAAAAAAACUAUGUCUCAUGACCCUUAACAUAUAAAUCAAAGGCUGGCGCACAAGUUCAUUGAGGGAUAUCUGUGUGCUAUCUGGCUUCACUCAUCCUCAAAAGCUGGCGGGCUAUUCAGUUACAGCACACCAAUGGACAAAGGAGAUGGGAGUGGAUGUUCAGAAGGCUGUACAGGGAAAGGUGAAAUAGCAGACAUGGGUGAGACAAGUUGAGUGAGUGCAGCUUGUUCAGUAAAACAAAGAUGAAGAGGUAAGCACUCAGCAGGCAGGUUCAGGCAGGAAGAAAGAUACAGAUUAUGUUGAUCCUGGGCCACAAAGAGAACACAAUUAAGGAGGAAAAACAGCACAAAACAACACAGAGCUAAAUCCCCCAUUGGAUUACAAACUCAAAUAGUGGAUGUGAGAUGAAAAUUACUCAUACAAGACUGUCACCGGAAAAGCCAGGAAGAAGGACGGUGCCGUGGAGAGCAGCCCAAACCAGCUGGAUUUGUAAGAUCACAAUACCAAAAGAUCACAAAGGAACUACAAGAUCCUGCUUUUCUAUUGGUUGUUGUGCUACAACCAAUAGAAAAGGUUUAAAAAAUAUGUCCAGUUGGGAACAACACAAAUCAAAGUUUUGUAUUUGAAUUAAAGUUUUAAAAAAUGCAUAUAUCAUAAAUGUUUAACCAAUGGGAUCUAAUCAGUGAUUUAUGGUGUUUAUUUUGAAAUUGACCAGGUACUCUAUGCCACUCUCAUAUCUAACUUAUUGGUCAGAUCAGUCUGCUCUCUUCAAGUCUCUGCAUGAUGUACAAUUGUUGUGUCAAAAUAAACCCAUUGCAUAAUCUUACAGGGCACAGUUGAAAGACACUUGUUGGAUGUGCUGCUGUGGUUCCCAUGGGAACAAGAACAUGGACUACAAAAGGCACAGGUUAGCUCUAGAGGGUGUGUAGCAGAUGGAUUGAGACACACGUGUUUGCUGGAGAAUCAGAAGGGUUAAGCUCUGUAAAUGUUUUGUCUGGUCUAGGGAAGAGGGAUGUAGUCUGUAAUUAACCAACAGUAAGUGGUUAAUUACCGUAGACUAAACACUGGAACACUGGAGCUGUUAUACAGUUGUUGGUUUGAUCCAGUCUGUCAUGGGCUGCAUGCCUGCACCAGGAAAGACAACAAGCUUCCAAGAAACUCAGAUUUGAUGUACAACUUGUUCGCCAAGAGUCCUUUCAGUAGUUGCAUUAAAGACUUGCAUUAAAACACGAGGAACUUUAUCUAGAUGCAGAAAGACUGAAUUGUUGAUGAAAGUAAAGGUGACUCAAUUAACUAGAUUCUGCCGGACAGUGAGGUAUUCACUGAACCAAAUAUUAAGAUCAGGUACUCAACAUGACAGGGUGGCAGGCUGAAAGUGUUAUUCCACUCCUCUCCAUCUCCAUAACAGGCAUUAUUAAGAUCAAGUUAAGAGAUGACGGUUGCUUUGUGGAGAGGCUGGGAGGCAAAGUUGAUAAACCCUCAGGAGUCCUUAAAAAAAAGUUACGUUCAGAUCUCCAAAAGUACUAUAAAAAUAUUAUACAUUAAUAUUUUUUUCCACUUUUUUCUGCUUAAAUCUUUUAAUCAACUUCAUUCCCGAUCAAAUCUAUCAAAUGUUAAUUCAUUUUCAGAAUUUUAACCCUUUAAAUGCCAGUUUGACUAUAUGAUGUCACUGUUAUUUUUAAUGGGAAAAAAUGGAAUUUGGAGUUAUUUUCCACACAUUUGAUGCUGGGCAGGAAUCUCUUUGUUUUUCUUUAUCAAGGUCUAUGAUGUGUCAAUAAUUAACAACAACAUUAAUUCUGAUGCAUUAUCAUGUUAGUGUUACAGUAUGUAUAGGGUUUUUGUCACACAGUGAAUAUUGACCUGAUAUAAUAAUAGGUGGUAAAGUUUUAAAAUUUGGAAGAAAAAAAAAACCCUGAAAAAAAUCAUCCCAUUUGCAUUAACACAGCCAAAAUGAUCAACAAAUAAAAGGUAAAAAGUCACAAAAAUGGACAAAAAUGUCCUAAGAGCCCCAGAGGGUUAAAGAGAAGGGGUAUUUGUUUUUGUUUUGUUUAUCUCUGUUUGUGGUUUUUUUUUUUUUUUUUAUAUGACAGAUAUGGAAAUUAAUCAGGUACACAAGGGGACUUUUUGUCAUAUUAACAAAGAAGAAUUCUGUACCUGCAAGUGGAGCUGGUGAUCGUCUGUUGCCAGCAGCUAUCAAGUGGAUGUUGCAUCUCUGUUGGGGGGAUUUUCUUUAGCCAUUGAGGUCAUCCUUGAGGGUGGUGGAGCUGUGUCACUCAAAUACCUAGGAUACUUUGGAGCUAGAUUUCUGGAGCCAAAGGCCUCUGAAAACCAUCAUAAAACAAGGACCUUCUACACCUGGAUAACAUCACUCAGGCUCCCAAAAUAUGUUGUUCUUUGUUAUUACCCUACAUGGACUCUCCUUCAGGUAAACAAGAUGCAAGAAGAAUGUUUGGAAAUGUGGGCAGUUAUAUAUACAUGAACAGUCUCAAAACCAGUCUUUGUUACACUUGUGCCAUGAUGAAGCUGUAACCCAGAUCUGCAACCAGUAAAGCUUGUCAAAAUGAUCAUUCGUGUGGACCUUCCAUUCUUUAAAGUGAGAGCAUGGGCUAGGCAUUCUCACAAUCUCCCAGGGCAGAUGGGACAAAUGACUGGAUACAGGCUAGCCCUCCAUAUGAGCCUUUGGUGUAGUCAUCAACAAGAAGGUGAGGCAGGAAGAGGGUAUGCUGCUAACUGAAUACCUCCCUAAAAUUAUAAUAAGUGGAGAGAAUGGUGGAUACGUUAGGAGGCUGAUGGAAAGCUCAAAGCAAAGCAACCUCCACAGGGCACCAUAUAGACUGCUAACAGCUGGAUGAAGAGAGGUGGCUCCAGCUCAUGGUUUUGUUAGAUGUCCAGUGGAUAUUGGGAUUAUGCAAGCCCAAAGUUCUCUGGCACACGCAUCAGGCUGUGGUGGUGGGUUGUGAUGUUAAUUUUGCAGAGCAGAGAUGUUAAAAACUUUUGUAAAGGAAGCAAGGGUUAGUUAAUUUAGUUUGCUGAUUGCCCUUUCUGUACAACCAUUCUGGACCUGUAGAGCUCACUCUCAUACAUUGCUGGAGCAGUAGGACCGUGCUCCAUAAGGUUGUUCUGCAAGAUUGAACUGAAACCUUAAAGGCUUUUACUCAGACAGACUGGCCAAGUUGUUUCUUAAACUUGAAUUCCCUUGGGAAAUGCUCUCUUGUAAACAGUGCAAACGGUGACCUCUUACCUUACCCAUGUUUCUCAUUUCAACAGGUCUGUCGACUUCCUGUUCCCUGCGUACCCUGCUUCCUUGAUCACCCAGAUGUGUCUCACCUGUGUCUUGUAAAUUCCACUCCUCUGGUAUGUGUAAGCUCUGAGUUCUCCCUUGUAGCGAUUUGAAUUUAUAAUAAAUGUCUGAAGAUUAAUAAUCUCAAAUUAUGAUAUUUAUGCACUCGUUGAAAGGGGCACCACUCACCCUUAAUGGUGGGAAAAUAAAGAAAAACAAAAGUUUAAUUCAGAAAUCAAACAUUACGUCAAUCUUAAAUUAAUCAAUCUCAUAUCUUAAUCCGAAAUUCUCAUUUCAGGGACGAACACUAACAGACAAGAACUUAGAAAAAUAAUGAUCUGUUUAUUACAAGAUAAAUGAUGGUACAACAUACAUGCAAUAAAUGAUGAUAAGAUAAUGAGGAUAAAUAAUAAUAGGUGAAUAAUAAAAGAUUCUGAGUCAGGCUAGGAGCACUAAAGUUAAUGAUAGUGAGUGAAUAUGCGCUAACAUGUUAACCAACACUAACUUUGGUGUCAAGAUAAAUUUGGAUGUGGAUUUGGAUGAGCCUAGGAUUACCAGAAUAGGUGAAUAUCUGAGUUAUGACCGCAUGAGAGAUGAGACAGCAUCAGCCCUGUUUGGAUCUCUGGAGGUUUGCAUACUUAUGUAAGACCGGUCCUUGGAGAAGAUGGAGCAGGUUCCAAAGUCCAGGGCUACCGGCGGUUUGAGCGGUUCAGCUCAGAAGACGACUGAAGUCAGCCAAAGGAUGGGCCAGGAGUUGUAGCACUCGGGCCCGAAGCAAAGCCAGCGCCUGUGGAUCCUGUGGAUGCUCGUUUGGAUGCUUCUUUGGUCUCACUCAAAAACUCUGGCACAGAGGAUGACUUUGGGCCUGCUGGGUGGCGUUCAGAGGUGACUUUGAAAUCACGCAGAUAACUCAGGAAAAAGAGGAUCAAUAACCAGUGGAAACUGUUUCAAAAAUGGCUUCGCAAAAUUACAGAAAAAUCAAUUAAAGGCUCGAUCUUGAAUUGCUACAAAAAGUUGAAGUUUCAAAACUUGAACUAAGACGAUGUACAAGAAAAAUCAACGUGAAUGAACACGUGGCGUAAAACUUAGAAGACUAAGAAAAACUAAGACUAAGUAGUAAGAGCUAAGAGAAAACAAAGAGUUGAACUGAAGAGUAGAAGAGCAAAGAGAGUGUGUAAGAAAAUAAGCGAACAAGAGCAUAAGCGAACAAAAGUGUGAGCAACCCCACUUCACUGGUUUUAUCUUCUCACACUGGGAGUGUCUCUGGUGUGUGUGUGUGAGGAGAAAGAGGAGGGGUCGUAGGGUCUCCAUCUGCAGAGGAGACCUCGGAUCUCUGAUUAUUUGAUCUAACUUUUACUUUUGGCUGGUAAAAGAGUCAGAUCUGAUACUCACUCACUUUGAUUAAUAUCAUUGAAUGCUUGGUUUCAUGAUAAAUAAUUUGAUACUAAACACAUAUGAAUGAAAUGUAGGAUCACAUCAAACAUUCUCAUUAUGUUUUAAGUAUCACACUGAACAUGCUAAAUUACUCUGAAAUGAAACCGAGAGUAACACAUAGAAACUGUGAACAACAAAAGAGUAAACAUGUGAAUGAACUUCAUCAUGAUUAAUAAUGGAUUCUAAAUACUCACAUUCAGAUUAUUCAAUGACAUUAUAACCACCUAAUGGUUAAAAAUACUAAAUAAGCAACUAAAAUAUAAACCAAACAUUUCUAAACCAUUUCUGUUACUUAGAGUACAGUUAUGAUUCACAGUCAAUAAAUUUAACUCUUAAAAGUUCAUGAAACAGUCUGAAAAGCUGUUGGUCUAAAGAAACUAAAGAAUAAAGGAUUUAUUCUGUCAGAGUGAUCUGCUUCUGGAGCACAUAGAAAAAUGGGAAACAUCUCAUUUUAACACAAAUUUCAUGAUUAGACAGAUUAGUACAUUGCUGAAUGCAUAUGAUGUCAUGAUCAGUCAUUUGUAUUCUUUCACCAAAGGAAUGUAGUCUUUAUCAGUGUGUUGUUGAGCAGGGUUUUACGACCGAGGUCUGGAGGUCAGUGUCCUGUUCCUCAGACCUUAUCUUGGGGUCCGUAUGUUCACACACUUUAAGAUAGUAAAUCUCCGAAUUGACCAAUCGUGAAGAGCCAGAGGUUUAGGUCAACCUCCGAUCGGGUCAGUUAGGUAACCUGAAAGUGGAAAUAAGAUUGGAAAGAUUUAUAUCCUGUGUCCUGGGACCAGAUAAGGAAACUUUCCUGUUAGGAAUAUGUGAGUUUCACAGACAUAGUUGUCUUGAUUGCUACACCCCCUUGUCUUGUCCUUGCAUCUGGGUUCAUUGAUUCAGUAUCACUCUAAAGCGAGAUUUUUGCCUGUGCCUAUGGGACCUUAAAGUUCAACUUAAGCACAAAUUAACUUUAACAACCGGAGCACACACAGAGCUCAGUUUACACAGCCUCGGUAAGGAAGGCUGAUGUGUAUCCUCUGGGGGUGUGAAAUGAUCUAUGACUAGGCUCUCCACCUGCUGAGUUGUCCUUUGGUAGUGGUGUGUCCCUCUCUGACAGCUCUGCACUGAAUGCACUGAGAAAGGUUCUUUCUUGAGUUUAGACCAGUAAACCCAAGGUGAUCAAAACACCAGUUUCUAGGUCAGACAAAUAAAUACAACAAACACAGCAUACACAUUAAGCCUACAACUUACAACAUACCUAAGAACAACAUUACAGUCCAUAAGUACACCACAAUUUACUUAAGCUAUCAUACUGAUUGUGCAUUUCAACUAAUACCCAGAUGGCUAUUGGUAGAUGUUAGCAGCAAAAGGAAAUUACUGGACCUUAGUUCCUCAGUCCUGGAUGUGGAGUAAUCCAGACUUGCAUUGUAGAUUGAACACUGGACAGGUCAGAAACCUUUUCUUAACACUGCUUUCUGAGUUGUUGGUUUUAAUGUUACUGUCACAGAAAUCUGAUCAAAGUCCAUGAUAACUCAAGUGAAGAUGAGGUUUGGACUUAGUUUGCACAAUCAUCUACUGCUGAGUUGAGAUUGCUUUUUUAUUUUUGAUUGAUAACCUUUUUUCCUUGUGUCAUGACACACAAAUAAAACACCUCAUACAACAAUAAUAUGCAAGGCGUUAUCAAAUGUUUAAUGAAAAAGGCUGUGCUAUGUUAUGCAACCUGAGGGUCCCAAGAACCUUUGUACACACUCUACUUGUUUUUCACCCACCUUGUCCAGCACUGACAAGUGUUGUCAUUCUGUGAGUGGACCAUUUGGGUGCAAGACCAAGUUUUGUGAAGCACUGCAAAGUUAUAAGUUAGAAAAAAGAGGUUUUUUCUUGCUGCUACUUUUUCUCUCUCUGUAACAAUGUGGCUUUCUACUUUUUUACUGGGCUUAGACCUCAAGGGGCUAUUCCUGUUCCUUUUUAUUUUCAUCAUAAUAGCAGACUACCUCAAAAACCGGAAACCUCCUAAUUAUCCUCCAGGACCAUGGGGUUUGCCAGUAAUUGGGAAUAUCCUCAGCAUGGACAGUAAACAUCCAGAAAUAUAUUUCACCAAGGUAAGGGUUUUUUGUUGUCUUACAUUUUGCGUAAAAUAAAUGGCUCUUAACUGUAAGAAAACUGCUUAGUUGCUUUAUGAAUGCUUAACCAGCUAGCAUUGACAUUGUGCCCCAGGAACAACAUGUGUUCCUCAAUGUGUAUUUUUCUUGACAUGUUAAAUUGAUAUGUGUAUGGCUCAUCAGUUUUUAUUCAUUGGUGUUUUAUGUGCAGCUGGCUGACAUUUUGGGGAAUGUGUUCAGCGUCCGCUUUGGCCGUGACAAGAUGGUGGUGGUGUCCGGAUACAAAGCAGUGAAGGAAGCCAUCAUAACACAAGCUGAGAACUUUGUUGAUCGACCGAGCAGUCCAGUCCAGAAUAGAUUUUACUUGGAUUCCUCAGGUUUACAAAUCUCCAUCAUGUCCUUUUUUACGGUGUAUGAACCAUUAUCAAGCUGAGCAAUUUCAUUUUAUCUGCAUGCAUUUGUCUAGGUGGUCUGUUCAUGAGCAAUGGUGAAACAUGGAAGAGACAGCGGCGCUUUGCCUUGUCAACGUUACGUAGUUUUGGCUUGGGCAAAAACACCAUGGAGCAGAGAAUCUGUGAGGAGAUCAGACAUCUGCAGGAGGAGAUAGAGAACGAAAAAGGUGGUCCACAAGUUCAACACUUGUACAUCAUCAGCAGCAUCAAUUAUGCAGCAGUACAGCAUGGUCUAAAGGUGUAUUUCUUUCCUGCAGGUGAAGCUUUUAACACAGCAAGUGUUUUCAACAAAGCUGUGUCCAACAUCAUUUGCCAACUGGUUAUGGGGAAGAGGUUUGACUAUAGUGACCACAACUUCCAACACAUGCUGAAAUGUCUGUCAGAGCUAAUUAUGCUGGAGGGAUCUGUAUGGACUUGGGUGGGUCAAUAUUAUCACAACAUUUUGGUGGUACAAAGACAGUCAGUACUUUUGACUCAAUUAGAGGCCCAUGUGUUAUCAGAUAAAGUGAGCUAUAAUGGUAGUGAGAGUUUUUCUCAUCUGUUUUCUUGUAGUUUUAUGAAUCAUUCCCUGCAAUGAUGAAGCAUUUGCCAGGUCCUCACAAUAAAAUGUUCCGCCACUUUGACACUGUUCGAGAAUUCAUCAGCCAGGAAGUGCAGAGGCACAAAAUAGACCUUGACUGCAACAAUCCUCGGGACUACAUUGAUACUUUCAUCAUUGAAAUGGAAAAAGUAAGUGAGGAAAUGCACUCCACACUAUAUAUUAUAGUCCUACUCCUCAGUUGCACUCCUUGACUCUUUUGUCUUUUCUGCAUUUCUUAUCAGCACAAAGAGACCAAUGUGGGUUUCACUGAGGCCAAUCUAGCCGUAUGCUCUAUGGACCUGUUCCUGGCUGGAACAGAGACGACUGCCACCACUUUGCUGUGGGCUUUGGUUUUCCUCAUCAACAACCCCGAUAUCCAGGGUAGGUGAGACUCAAGUACCUUCAGCUUUCUAACUGAAAAACAACAAGAAAACAAGACAACAAUCAUACUAGAGACUUUGAAAUGCUUAGCUAUAAUAUUUGAUAUUAUUAGAUUUUCGUAAGAAGUUCCUCCUCUUGCUCAGUGUUUGAUGAGCAAGAGGAGGAACUUCUUACGCAAUUUGAUGCAACUUCUUCCAUUCUAGCCAUGAUGUCACUCACUCUGGCACAAAGAUUCCAUGCAAUACACAUCCAUUGUAAUCUUAAAGGUACUCCAAAAAAGUUCAUGGUCAUUGAAUGGUGAGGGAUCAAAAACUACAAUACAUAUUGAAACAUGGAUUCAUGCACCAUUAGACUUAGAUUUAUGUCUACAUUUUAAAGGUGGAAUAUAGUCACUAGGUAAAAGUAUGUCGGAGUAAUAGAUAUUUGAAAACCCCAACAAUUGUUGGUUUUUUUUUUUUUUUUGUCCUAUUGACUUUAAUGCAAAAAUUUUCCACAGUUAUUCAUAUACAUAUACAAUAAAUAAAAGUAAUAGCAUAGCGAUCAUGAUCAAACCACACGUUUUGAAACAUAAUUUGUCCUACAACUUUUCAAGCUGUAGGACUAGUAGUGAAUCAAAUUUUGUCCAGAAGAGGAAUAAAAAAAAAUCCAGUGUGACAACAGUGCCUCGAUGCAUUUGCCUAUUUAAGCUACAGCUAACUUCAGUUCAACUGUUAGCUUAUUAGUACCAAGAAUUGGUAAGACUACAGAUAUUCAUGGUGAUUCUGUUACAGGAAAAAAGUCAGGGAUCUUUCAGUUUAGAAAUGUCAUUUUGAUUUUUGCUUCCGAUCCCCUAAAGUUUUUUUCCCUCACUUUAAUUGAUUUUUAGCCAAGGUUCAGGCAGAGAUUGACACAGUGAUUGGACAGAACCGCCUGCCCACCAUGGCUGACAGAUCAAACCUGCCCUACACUGAUGCUGUCAUCCAUGAGAUCCAGAGAUAUGGAAAUAUUGUUCCUCUUAAUGGACUCAGAGUGGCCGCCAAGGACACAACACUGGGUGGUUACUUCAUCCCUAAGGUAGGUCUUUUCAUUAGCUGGAUCAUCUGAAAUAUGGUAAUAAUGUUGUUUGAAGUAUCAGCAAUGUUAACCCCUCAAUCUUGUUUUUCAGGGUACAAGUCUGAUGCCCGUUCUGACCUCUGUUCUGUUUGACAAGACUGAAUGGGAGACCCCAGACAGCUUUAACCCUGGACACUUCCUCAACUCUGAGGGAAAGUUUGUGAAGAGAGACGCUUUCCUGCCUUUCUCAGCAGGUUAACUACUUUUACCUAAAGUUUAGUCAAAGCCAGAAUACAAGUUUUUUUCUUCAAUCUUUCCAAGAUUUUAAGUGUUUUAAGUGUUAUAAUUGUUGUCAUUUGUCAUUUCAGGAAAACGUGUAUGUCUUGGAGAAAGUCUUGCCAAGAUGGAGCUGUUUCUGUUUUUUGUUGGUUUACUCCAGAAGUUUUCUUUCUCUGUUCCUGAUGGUGUUGAGCUCAAUUAUGAAGGAGUUAGUGGAACAACACGUGUACCACAGCCAUUCAACGUGUAUGCUAAAGUGCGUUGAACUGGUGUGUGUUUUCUCUUAUGUGCUGAGGGCAUUUUAACCUUUCAUUUAUACAUUUUCAGGAAAAAUAUGGCUUAACCAAUAAAUAAUCAAGUUAUCAUACACAGUUUUGCCUUUCAUUUUGAACCUGGGGCCAAUAUUACUCAAUGUAUAAGAAAGAACUGAGCUUAUUAUGCCUUCAUAACCCAAAACUGCCUUGCACAAGAACAACCUCCCCAUUGUCAAAGAAACAGCAGUAGCUGACUGGAACUGUAUGAAAACUAUCCAAAAAAACAAUAUCUCAUGACCCUUAGCAUAUAAAUCAAAGGCUGGCACACAAGUUCAUUGAGGGAUAUCUGUGUGCUAUCUGGCUUCACUCAUCCUCAAAAGCUGGCAGGCUAUUCAGUUACAGCACACCAAUGGACAAAGGAGAUGGGAGUGGAUGUUCAGAAGGCUGGAAAAACAGCACAAAACAACACAGAGCUAAAUCCCCCCUUGGAUUACAAACUCAAAUAGUGGAUGUGAGAUGAAAAUUACUCAUACAAGACUGUCACUGGAAAAGCCAGGAAGAAGGACGGUGCCGUGGAGAGCAGCCCAAACCAGCUGGAUUUGUAAGAUCACAAUACCAAAAGAUCACAAAGGAACUACAAGAUCCUGCUUUUCUAUUGGUUGUUGUGCUACAACCAAUAGAAAAGGUUUAAAAAAUAUGUCCAGUUGGGAACAACACAAAUCAAAGUUUUGUAUUUGAAUUAAAGUUUUAAAAAAUGCAUAUAUCAUAAAUGUUUAACCAAUGGGAUCUAAUCAGUGAUUUAUGGUGUUUAUUUUGAAAUUGACCAGGUACUCUAUGCCACUCUCAUAUCUAACUUAUUGGUCAGAUCAGUCUGCUCUCUUCAAGUCUCUGCAUGAUGUACAAUUGUUGUGUCAAAAUAAACCCAUUGCAUAAUCUUACAGGGCACAGUUGAAAGACACUUGUUGGAUGUGCUGCUGUGGUUCCCAUGGGAACAAGAACAUGGACUACAAAAGGCACAGGUUAGCUCUAGAGGGUGUGUAGCAGAUGGAUUGAGACACAUGUGUUUGCUGGAGAAUCAGAAGGGUUAAGCUCUGUAAAUGUUUUGUCUGGUCUAGGGAAGAGGGAUGUAGUCUGUAAUUAACCAACAGUAAGUGGUUAAUUACUGUAGACUAAACACUGGAACACUGGAGCUGUUAUACAGUUGUUGGUUUGAUCCAGUCUGUCAUGGGCUGCAUGCCUGCACCAGGAAAGACAACAAGCUUCCAAGAAACUCAGAUUUGAUGUAUAACUUGUUCACCAAGAGUCCUUUUAGUAGUUGCAUUAAAGACUUGCAUUAAAACACGAGGAACUUUAUCUAGAUGCAGAAAGACUGAAUUGUUGAUGAAAGUAAAGGUGACUCAAUUAACUAGAUUCUGCCAGACAGUGAGGUAUUCACUGAACCAAAUAUCAAGAUCAGGUACUCAACAUGACAGGGUGGCAGGCUGAAAGUGUUAUUACCACUCCUCUCCAUCUCCAUAACAGGCAUUAUGAAGAUCAAGUUAAGAGAUGACGGUUGCUUUGUGGAGAGGCUGGGAGGCAAAGUUGAUAAACCCUCAGGAGUCCUUAAAAAAAAGUUACGUUCAGGUCCUUAGAUGGACAAAAAUGUCCAUCUCCAUAAGUACUAUAAAAUAUUAUACAUUAAUAUUUUUUUCCACUUUUUUCUGCUUAAAUCUUUUAAUCAACUUCAUUCCUGAUCAUAUCUAUCAAAUAUUAAUUCAUUUUCAGAAUUUUAACCCUUUAAAUGCCAGUUUGACUAUAUGAUGUCACUGUUAUUUUUAAUGGCAAAAAAAUGGAAUUUGGAGUUAUUUUCCACACAUUAGAUGCUGGGCAGGAAUUUCUUUGUUUUUCUUUAUCAAGGUCUAUGAUGUGUCAAUAACUAACAACAACAUUAUUUUGAUGCAUUAUUAGAUGCAUUAUUAUGUUAGUGUUACAGUAUGUAUAGGGUUUUUGUCACACAGUGAAUAUUGACCUGAUAUAUAAUAAUAGGUGGUAAAGUUUUAAAAUUUGGAAGAAAAAGAAAACCCUGAAAAAAAUCAUCCCAUUUGCAUUAACACAGCCAAAAUGAUCAACAAAUAAACGGUAAAAAGUCACCAAAAUGGACAAAAAUGUCCUAAGAACCCCAGAGGGUUAAAAAGAAGGGGUAUUUGUUUUUUUUUUUUUUUUUUUUUUUUUUUUGAUAUGACAGACAUGGAAAUUGAUCAGGUACACAAGGGGACUUUUUGUCAUAUUAACAAAGAAGAAUUCUGUACCUGCAAGUGGAGCUGGUGAUCGUCUGUUGCCAGCAGCUAUCAAGUGGAUGUUGCAUCUCUGUUGGGGGGAUUUUCUUUAGCCAUUGAGGUCAUCCUUGAGGGUGGUGGAGCUGUGUCACUCAAAUACCUAGGAUACUUUGGAGCUAGAUUUCUGGAGCCAAAGGCCUCUGAAAACCAUCAUAAAACAAGGACCUUCUACACCUGGAUAACAUCACUCAGGCUCCCAAAAUAUGUUGUUCUUUGUUAUUACCCUACAUGGACUCUCCUUCAGGUAAACAAGAUGCAAGAAGAAUGUUUGGAAAUGUGGGCAGUUAUAUAUACGUGAACAGUCUCAAAACCAGUCUUUGUUACACUUGUGUCAUGAUGAAGCUGUAACCCAGAUCUGCAACCAGUAAAGCUUGUCAAAAUGAUCAUUCGUGUGGACCUUCCAUUCUUUAAAGUGAGAGCAUGGGCUAGGCAUUCUCACAAUCUCCCAGGGCAGAUGGAAUAAAUGACUGGAUGCAGGCUAGCCCUCCAUAUGAGCCUUUGGUGUAGUCAUCAACAAGAAGGUGAGGCAGGAAGAGGGUAUGCUGCUAACUGAAUACCUCCCUAAAAUUACAAAGCAACCUCCACAGGGCACCAUAUAGACUGCUAACAGUUGGAUGGAGAGAUGAGGCUCCAGCUCAUGGUUUUGUUAGAUGUCCAGUGGAUAUUGGGAUCAUGCAAGCCCAAAGUUCUCUGGCACACUCAUCAGGCUGUGGUGGUGGCGUGUUAUGUUAAUUUUGCAGAGCAGAGAUGUUAAAAACAGUUUAGUAAGGCAAGCAAGGGUUAGUUAAUUUAGUUUGCUGAUUGCCCUUUCUGUACAACCAUUCCGGACCUGUAGAGCUCACUCUUAUACAUUGCUGGAGCAGUAGGACCGUGCUCCAUUGUUCUGCAAAACUGAACUGAAACCUGAAAGGCUUUCACUCAGACAGACUGGCCAAGUUGUUUCUAAAACUUGAAUUCCCUUGGGAAAUGCUUUCUUGUAAACAGUGCAAACGGUGACCUCUUACCUUACCCAUGUUUCUCAUUUCAACAGGUCUGUCGACUUCCUGUUCCCUGCGUACCCUGCUUCCUUGAUCACCCAGAUGUGUCUCACCUGUGUCUUGUAAAUUCCACUCCUCUGGUAUGUGUAAGCUCUGAGUUCUCCCCCUUGUUUUUUCCUUGCAUCUGGGUUCAUUGGUUUAGUAUCACUCUAGGGUGAGAUUUUUGCCUGUGCAUAUGGGACUUUAAAGUUCAAAUUAAGCACAAAUUAACUUUAACAACCAGAGCACACACAGAGCUCAGUUUACACAGUCUUGGUAAGGAAGGCUGAUGUGUAUCCUCUGGGGGUGUGAAAUGAUCUCUGACUAGGCUCUCCACUUGCUGAGUUGUCCUUUGGUAGUGGUGUGUCCCUGGUGGUGUAGAUGUUAGCAGCAACAGGAAAUAACUGGACCUUAGUUCCUCAGUCCUGGAUGUGGAGCAAUCCAGACUUGCAUUGUAGAUUGAACACUGGACAAUCUUGCAUAAUCAUCUAUUGCUGAGUUGAGAUUGCUUUUUAUUUUUGAUUGAUAACCCUUUUAUCCUUGUGUCAUGACACACAAAUAAUAAAACACCUCAUAAAACAAUAAUAUGCAAGGCGUCAUCAAAUGUUGAAAAAGGUUGUGCUAUGUUAUGUAACCUGAGGGUCACAUGAACCUUUGUACACACUCUACUUGUUUUUUUUGUCCAGCACUGACAAGUGUUGUCAUUCUGCGAGUAGACCAUUUGGGUGCAAGACAAAAGUUUUGUGAAGCACUGCAAACUUAUUGGUUCAAGUUAGAUAGAAGAGGUUUUUUUUGUUGCUACUUUCUCUCUCUCUCUGUAACAAUGUGGCUUUCUACUUUUUUGCUGGGCUUAGACCUCAAGGGGCUAUUCCUAUUCCUUUUUAUUUUCAUCAUAAUAGCAGACUACCUCAAAAACCGGAAACCUCCUAAUUAUCCUCCAGGACCAUGGGCUUUGCCGGUCAUUGGGAAUAUCCUCAGUAUGGACAGUAAACAUCCAGAAAAAUAUUUCUCCAAGGUAAGGGUUUUUUGUUGUCUCACAUUUUGCGUAAAAUAAAUGUCUCUUAACUGUAAGAAAACUGCUAAGUUGCUUUAUGAAUGUUUAACCAGCUAGCAUUGACAUUGUUCCCCAGGAACAACAUGUGUUCCUCUAUGUUUAUUUUUCUUGACAUGUUAAAUUGAUAUGUGUGUGGCCCAUCAGUUUUUAUUCAUUGGUGUAUUAUGUGCAGCUGGCUGACAUUUUGGGGAAUGUGUUCAGCGUCCGCUUUGGCCGUGACAAGAUGGUGGUGGUGUCCGGAUACAAAGCAGUGAAGGAAGCCAUCAUAACACAAGCUGAGAACUUUGUGGACCGACCAGAUAGUCCAGUCCAGGAUAGAUUUAACUUGGAUUCCUCAGGUUUACAAAUCUCCAUCAUGUCCUUUUUUAUGGUGUAUGAACCAUUAUCAAGCUGAGCAAUUUCAUUUUUUCUUCAUGCAUUUGUCUAGGUGGUCUGUUCAUGAGCAAUGGUGAAACAUGGAAGAGACAGCGACGCUUUGCCUUGUCAACGUUACGUAGUUUUGGCUUGGGCAAAAACACCAUGGAGCAGAGUAUCUGUGAGGAGAUCAGACAUCUGCAAGAGGAGCUAGAGAACGAAAAAGGUGGUCCGCAGGUUCAACACUUGUACAUCAUCAGCAGUAUCAUUUAUGCAGCAGUACAGCAUGGUCUAAAGAUGGACUUCUUUCCUGCAGGUGAAGCUUUCAACCCAGCAAGUGUUUUCAACAAAGCUGUGUCCAACAUCAUUUGCCAACUGGUUAUGGGGAAGAGGUUUGACUAUAGUGACCACAACUUCCAACACAUGCUGAAAUGUCUGUCAGAGCUAAUUAUGCUGGAGGGAUCUGUAUGGACUUGGGUGGGUCAAUAUUAUCACAGCAUUUUGGUGGUAAAAAGACAGUCAGUACUUUUGACUCAAUUAGAGGCCCAUGUGUUAUCAGAAAAAGUGAGCUAUAAUGGUAGUGAGAGAUUUUGUCAUUUGUUUUCUUGCUUGUAGUUGUAUGAAUCAUUCCCUACAGUGAUGAAGCAUUUGCCAGGUCCUCACAAUAAAAUGUUCAGCCACUUUGACACCAUUCGAGAAUUCAUCAGCCAGGAGGUACAGAGGCACAAAAUAGACCUUGACCGCAACAAUCCUCGAGACUACAUUGAUACUUUCAUCAUUGAAAUGGAAAAAGUAAGUGAGGAAAUGCACUCCACACUCACUGCACUGAAUUACACAUUAUAGCCCUCCUCCUCAGUUGCACUCAUAGACUGUAUGUACAAUGGACAACUUGGCUCCGCCUUCCAUCAUUAUCCGAACUUGAAGCCCAAUUGCUUUUGGUAUUUACAGGAUUUUCCUUACUUCCUAGAACCACAACUUGUCCAGUAGCAUUGUAUGAUUUUGGCGGGAGAGUCGCUGUGAUGAUGCUCUGCGCAAACAGCAUAUCCCCCUGGAUGAGCUACACGAUCUUCAUACGCCCAUAGUGUUUCAAGUGUCAAUCAUAGAAAACAUAAACCCUUAUAACUUUUAAAUGGAGCUGCACAGAAAAAAGAGUACUUGAGCACUCCCGCCAAAAUCGUACAGUCUUACAAUAACUUCUUGUCAACAUCGCAUCCAGGUUGACGGUGUCUGUUCUAUAUACAGUCUAUGGUUGCACUCCUUGACUCUUUUGUCUCCCCUGCAUUUCCAAUCAGCAGAAAGAGACCAGUGUUGGUUUUACUGAGACCAAUCUGACUGCAUGCUCUGCAGACCUGUUCCUGGCUGGAACAGAGACGACUUCCACCACUUUGCUGUGGGCUUUGGUUUUCCUCAUCAAAAACCCCGAUAUCCAGGGUAGGUGAGACUCAAGUACCUUUAGUUGACUAACUGAAAACUAUAAGAAAAAAAGACCACAGUCAUACUAGAGGCUUUGAAAUGCUUAGCUAUAAUAGUUGAUAUUAUUACAUUGUUGUUAAAAGUUCCUCCUCUUGACGUGUAACAGGAGGAACUUUUCUUAGCAAUGUCAAUGGCUUUUUUUAUUUAUUUAUUUUUUAAAUCAGAGACAGUGCAAGACGUUUCAAUUAGGAGCAGAGAGAGACAUUGUUGCACUUAAAGGCUCUGUAUUUAUUUUCUGUAAGUCUCUCUACUUAGAUGAACAAAUCUUUAGAGACAGAAUAAGUAUGUCUACAACUGUGAAAAAAAACAUGUAUUUAGAGUGUAGUUUGUGCUGAGAGGAGCAUGGAAAGAGAAAAGUUUCAGACAAUUUGAUACAACUUCUCUCAAGCCAAAAACAUACAGGAUCCGUAUUUAGCCUGUUCCGUAUUUGCUCCGUAGAGCCUCUACUGUAUGUGAAAAAGCAACGUGAUUUUACAUUUUCAGUUUUCUCGUGUUUAAUAAACUAUGUUCCUUUAUGCUGUGCUGUUACCUUCAGACAGUGUUAACAGUUACAAAACCCAAUUCCAUUGAAGUUGGGAAAACAGAAUACAAUGAUUUGCAAAUCCUUUUCAACCUUUAUUCAAUUGAAUACACCACAACAACAAGAUAUUUAAUGUUCAAACCCAUAAACUUUUUUUUUUUUUUGCAAAUAAUAAUUAACUUUAGAAUUUGAUGGCAGCAAUACGUGAUAAAGAAGUUGUUAAAAGUGGCAAAAAAUACUGAGAAAUUUGAUCCCACAGGUGAGCAGGCUAAUUGGGAACAGGUGGGUGCCAUGAUUGGGUAUAAAAGCAGCUUCCCCAAAAAUUCUCAGUCAUUCACAAGCAACGAUGGGGUGAGGUUCACCACGAUGUGAACAACUGCGUGAGCAAAUAGUCAAUCAGUUUAAGAACAACAUUUCUCAAAGUACAAUUGCAAGGAAUUUAGGGAUUUCAACAUCUACGGUCCAUAAUAUCAUCAAAAGGUUCAGAGAAUCUGGAGAAAUCACUGCACAUAAGUGGCAUGACCGAAAACCAACAUUGAAUGCCCGUGACCUUCGAUCACUCAGGCGGCACAAUAUCAUAAACCGACAUCAAUGUGUAAAGGAUAUCACCACAUGGACUCAGGAACACUUCAGAAAACCACUGUCAGUAAAUACAGUUUGUCACUACAUCUGUGAGUGCAAGUUAAAACUCUACUAUGCAAAGCAAAAGCCAUUUAUCAACAACAUUCAGAAACGCCGCCAGCUUCUUUGGGCCCGAGCUCAUCUAAGAUGGACUGAUGCAAAGUGGAAAAGUGUUCUGUGAUCUGACGAGUCCACAUUUCAAAUUGUUUCUGAAAAUAGUGGACACUGCGUCCUCUGGGCCAAAGAGGAAAAGAACCAUCCGGACUGUUAUUGAUGCAAAGUUCCAAAGCCAGCAUCUGUGAUGGUAUGGGGGUGCAUUAGUGCCCAAGGCAUGGGUAACUUACACAUCUGUGAAGACAACAUUAAUGCUGAAAGGUACAUACAGGUUUUGGAGCAACAUAUGCUGCCAUCCAAGCAACGUCUUUUUCAUGGACGCCCCUGCUUAUUUCAGCAAGACAAUGCCAUGCCACAUUCUGCACAUGUUACAACAGCGUGGCUUGGUAGUAAAAGAGUGCGGGUACUUGACUGGCCUGUCUGCAGUCCAGUCUCCCAUUGAAAAUGUGUGGUGCAUUAUGAAGCGUAAAAUAUGACAACGGAGACCCCGAACUUUGAGCAAGAGUGGGAAAGAAUUCCACCUUCAAAGCUCCAACAAUUAAUCUCCUCAGUUCCCAAACGUUAUCUGAGUGUUGUUAAAAGUAAAGGUGAUGUGACACAGUGGGAAACAUAGCCCAGUCCCAACUACUUUGGCAGGUGUUGCAGCCAUGAAAUUCUGAGUUAAUUAUUGUUUGCAAAAAAAAUUAAGUUUAUGAGUUUAAACAUUAAAUAUCUUUUCUUUGUAGUGUACUCAAUUGAAUAUAGGUUGAAAAGGAAUUGCAAAUCAUAGUAUCCUGUUUUUAUUUACGUUUAUCACAAUUUCUCAACUUCAUUGGAAUUCAAAAAGUCCUGUUGGGGUCCACAUGGAUCCGGGAUUGAACAUCAGAUUGUUCUGUGUUACUGAUAAAUUCAAAACCAGGAAGUAUUUCUCAUCUACAAUGACUGAGACACAGUCAGGAGUCCGCAUAUGGUGUUUUAUUUUGAUAUACCAGAUGACAUGCAGGGUUUCAUGUUUGACUUCCUGUUUAGAAUGAUCUUCUCUGUGUGGAUUGAUGUGCAUUUGAAACGCGGAGCCACAAAAAUAUACUUGCCACGUAUCUUUUGCAGUGCUGCUCUGGAUACGAUGCUGCAACAGAGCUGAUACACGUUCUGUAUGCUUUGCUGUAUUGAUUAGAAUGGCAACCUAAUAGGAUGUGUAUUUGCUGCCACGCUCCAAAUACACAUCCUAUAUGUUUCAGCCUCCACUCUAGUCGAUGAUGUCACUCACUCUGGCAUGCAAUAUACAUCCAUUAAAAUCUCAAAACUUCUCCAAAAAUGUUCAUGGUUAUUGAACAGUGAGGGAUCAAAAAGAUUUGUGUCUACAUUUUAAAGUUGAAAUAUAGUCUCUAGAUGAAAGUAUGUCGGAGUAAUAGACAUUUGAAAAAACCCAACAAUUGUACUUCUUUUUCUUUUGUCCUAUUGACUUUAAUGCAAAAAUUUUCCAGUUAUUCAUAUACAUAUACAAUAAAGAAAAGUAAAAGCACAGCGUUCAUGAUCAAACCACACAUUUUGAAACAUAAUUUGUCCUACAACUCUUCAAGCUGUAGGACUAGUAGUAAAUCCAAUUUUGUCCAGAAGAGGAAUAAAAAAAACAAUUCCAGUGUGACAACAGUGCCUCGGUGCAUUUGCCUCAUUGUCUUAAUUAGGCUACAGCUAACUUCAGUUCAAAUGUUAGCUUAUUAGUACCAAGAAUUGGUAAGACUACAGAUAUUCAUGGUGAUUCAGCUCCAGGAAAACAGUCAGGUAUCUUUCAGUUUAGAAAUGUGAUUUUGAUUUUUGCUCCCAAUCCCCUAAAGUUUAUUUCCCUCACUUUAAUUGUCUUUUAGCCAAGGUUCAAGCAGAGAUUGACACAGUGAUUGGACAGAACCGCCUGCCCACCAUGGCUGACAGACCAAACCUGCCCUACACUGAUGCUGUCAUCCAUGAGAUCCAGAGAUAUGGAAAUAUUGUUCCUCUUAAUGGACUCAGAAUGGCCGCCAAGGACACAACACUGGGUGGUUACUUCAUCCCUAAGGUAGGUCUUUUCAUUAGCUGGAGCAUCUGAAAUAUGGUAAUAAUGUUGUUUGAAGUAUCAGCAAUGUUAACCCCUCAAUCUUGUUUUUCAAGGGUACAACUCUGAUGCCCAUCCUGACCUCUGUCUUGUUUGACAAGAAUGAAUGGGAGACCCCAGACAGAUUUAACCCUGGACACUUCCUUAACUCUGAGGGAAAGUUUGUGAGCCGAGAAGCUUUCCUGCCUUUCUCUGCAGGUCAACCACUUUUUCCUAAAGUUCAGUCAAAGCCAGAAUACAAGUUUUUUUCUUCAACCUUUACCAUAUUAAAGAGGUUUAAGUGUUGUCAUUUGUCAUUUCAGGAAAACGUGUAUGCCUUGGAGAAAGUCUUGCCAAGAUGGAGCUGUUUCUGUUUUUUGUUGGUUUACUCCAGAAGUUUUCUUUCUCUGUUCCUGAUGGUGUUGAGCUCAGUACAGAGGGAAUCAUUGGAGCCACACGUGUACCGCACCCUUUCAAGGUGUAUGCUGAAAUGCGUUGA